AGCCUUCUUCCGGGCGUUCGCGCGCUCUGUCCUUGCCUCAGUUGACGCCAUUUUGUGUGGUGGCGGGAGAAGCGGCCGGACGAGGUAUGAUUCGCCUCCCCUCCUGACUCGGGGUCAGGGAGUGGCCGGAGUGACGUCUCCAGAGUCCUGAAGGAGAGAGAGCAGCUUCAUGCAAAGGCUUCUCACCCGUGGGCUCUCCUGGGCCUCGGGAGGGGUGGCUGCAUCUGUGGCGAUGGGGCCCGGCAGCUCUGUAGCCCAAGGACUCUGGUGACCGCUUUGUUAAAAUACCAGGGCCCCCAGCUCUUGCAGGCAGACGAGGCUCUCGCAGUCAGUGUGUAAUGAGAAUUCAUGUCUGAUCUUGAGCAAUGCUGAAACCUACAGCCACUGUCUUUUCAUUGGAUAAUUUGUUUUUUGAAAGAUCAGAUGCCAAUCAAAAAUAUUUAGAACAUGAAGAGCCAAAAAAUUGGUAUCUUGCACCUGCUCCAUCUGUUACUGGAAUUCCAGCCACUCAGGAGUUACAGAAGGAAUUGGGAAAAAAUAACUGUCUAGAUGGAAAAGAAGUUAAAGUACAGUCAUUUCUUGAUGCUUCAAAGACUUUUGGCAUGGAAGGAACUGUAAAAAAAGAUUUGGGGGUUUUGAGGGCUGUUACGGAAAUCCCUGCUCAGUUUAGAAAUAUUUUCAAGGAAUUCCCAUAUUUUAACUACAUACAGUCCAAGGCUUUGGAUGAUAUUCUUUACACAGAUAGGAAUUUUGUGAUUUGUGCUCCGACUGGUUCUGGAAAAACUGUAAUGUUCGAACUAGCUAUUACAAGGUUACUAAUGGAAGUGCCGAUGCCCUGGUUAAAUAUUAAAAUUGUCUAUAUGGCUCCAAUAAAAGCUCUGUGCAGUCAGCGUUUUGAUGAUUGGAAAGAUAAAUUUGGACCUAUAGGGCUCAGCUGUAAAGAAUUGACAGGAGAUACAGUGAUGGAUGAUUUAUUUGAAAUACAACAUGCUCACAUUAUUAUGACCACACCAGAAAAAUGGGAUAGCAUGACUAGAAAAUGGAGAGACAACUCUUUAGUCCAACUGGUACGACUGUUCCUCAUUGAUGAGGUACAUGUUGUGAAAGAUGAAAGCCGUGGUGCAACACUUGAGGUAGUAGUCAGUCGAAUGAAGACUAUACAGUCUUCUCUUUCACGUAUCUCAGAGAAUCCUGCCACGCUUACUCCCAUGAGAUUUGUGGCUGUUUCUGCAACAAUCCCAAAUGCUGAAGAUAUUGCAGAAUGGCUUUCAGAUGGUAUGAGACCUGCUGUAUGUCUGAAAAUAGAUGAAAGUCAUCGACCUGUGAAGCUUCGCAAAAUAGUUCUUGGAUUUCCCUGCAGUAGCAACCAAACAGAAUUCAAAUUUGACUUAACACUUAACUACAAAAUAGCUAGUGUUAUACAAACAUACUCUGAACAAAAACCAACCCUUGUGUUUUGUGCCACAAGAAAAGGAGUGCAGCAGGCUGCUUCAGUUCUUGCAAAAGAUGCUAAAUUUAUUAUGACUGUGGAACAGAAACAAAGAUUACAAAAGUGUGCAAAUUCAACAAAAGAUACCAAAGUGAGAGAUCUUUUAAUGUGUGGUGUGGCUUAUCAUCAUGCUGGUAUGGAGCUAUCUGAUAGAAAAAUAAUUGAAGGAGCUUUUACCAGGGGAGACUUACCAGUACUUUUUACUACUAGUACCUUAGCUAUGGGAGUAAAUUUACCCGCACAUCUGGUAAUUAUAAAAUCUACAUUGCACUACGUUGGAGGAAUGUUUCAAGAAUACAGUGAAACAGAUAUUCUGCAAAUGAUUGGGAGAGCAGGGAGGCCUCAAUUUGACACUACAGCUACAGCAGUUAUCUUGACUAGGUUAAGUACAAGAGAGAAAUAUGUACAGCUGUUAAAUGGUGCAGAUACAAUAGAAAGCAGUUUACACAAACAUCUUGUUGAGCAUUUAAAUGCGGAAAUAGUGUUGCACACCAUCACGGAUGUGAAAAUAGCUUUGGAAUGGAUACGAUCAACUUUCCUAUACAUCAGAGUUUUGAAAAAUCCAGUUCAUUAUGGUUUUUCGCCUGGACUAGACACAGUUGGAAUUGAAGCAAAAUUACAAGAAUUGUGUUUGAAGAAUUUGAACAAUUUGUCAUCUCUUGAUUUGAUAAAGAUGGAUGAAGAAUUUAAUUUCAAACCUACAGAGACUGGAAAACUAAUGGCUUGGUACUAUAUUGCAUUUGAUACAGUGAAACAGUUUUCCUCGGUGAAUGGAACAGAAACUUUAUCUGAACUGGUCACAAUGAUAUCCGGCUGCAUUGAAUUUUCAGAUGUCAAGUUAAGAAUAAAUGAGAAGAAAAUAUUGAACGCUUUGAAUAAAGACAAGAACAGGAUAACUGUCAGGUUUCCAAUGGAAGGGAAGAUAAAAACAAGAGAAAUGAAAGUAAACUGUCUUAUUCAGGCUCAAUUAGGAUGCAUUCCUAUUCAAGACUUCACUCUGACACAAGAUAUAGGCAAAAUUUUCAGACAUGGCUUAAGAGUUACUAAAUGGUUAUCUGACUUUCUGGCAUCACAUAAAAACAAUUUUGCUGCAUUAUUAAACUCUUUGAUUUUAGCUAAGUGUUUCAGGUGCAAACUGUGGGAAAACUCUCUGCAUGUGUCCAAACAGCUAGAAAAAAUUGGUGUAACACUAUCAAAUGCAAUGGUAAAUGCAGGUCUGACAUCGUUUAAAAAAAUUGAAGAUGCAAAUGCAAGGGAGCUUGAAUUGAUUUUAAACAGACAUCCUCCUUUUGGAAACCAAAUAAAAGAAUCUGUGCUAUACCUGCCAAAAUAUGAACUUGACAUUGAACAGCUUGCAAAAUACAGCAAUACGGUGGCUGAAAUCUUAGUGACCAUCAUAUUAACAAACUUUGAACAGCUUCAGAUUAAGAGAACUGCACCAGACUUUCACUAUGUAACCUUGAUCAUAGGAGAUGCUGAUAAUCAAGUGGUUUUUAAACAGAAAAUUAUGGAUUCUGUCUUGCUGAAAAAUGGAAAUUGGACUAAAAAAAUUGAAGUGAAAAGAGCUCUUAAAUCUGAGGAACUUAGCAUAAAUUUAAUUAGCUCUGAAUAUGUUGGGGUGGAUAUUCAGCAAAACUAUACAGCCUUUUACUUAGGACCAAAAAGGUUUGGAAAUGAAGUGGUUUUACAAAGAAAAUUAGAAGCUGAGUCUUCACCUGUGUAUCAUGCCUCUUCAAUAAGAUCAGCAGCAGCGAGAAAGGAUACAGGUGCCUGUAACCGAGAGAUCACCUACAUGAAACUUGGGAACAGAGAAUGCAGCCAUCACUGUAAAAAUAAAGAUAUAUGUGGACAUGACUGCUGUAAAAUUGGAGUUUCACAGAAAUCUGAGUUAAAGAGAGAUUCAAAGUUUUCUUCAUACCUAGCUGAUUUAAGGAACAGAAACUCAGUUUCAUCAGUUGCCCCAGUAAAACGGUUAAAGAUACAGUUAAAUAAAUCUCAAAAUGUGGAUCUGAAACAAUUUGUUUUUACACCGAAAUCUUUGUUGCCAGCAUUGCCGAGGUCUGACUAUGCACAGUCUUCUGCCUCAGCUUCACGAGAACACUGGAAUAAUGUUAAUAUCCUUGGUAGACCUCAGAACCAGCUGCAAUCAGAGAGUUAUGAAAAGAGUAAUUUCUCUUGGGAACAUUCUAUGACUGUAAGUGAGAAGAGCCAUCAGAUGAUGACGUCAAAGAAAAAUCUUAAAGAAUCUUUAAUGCAUAAUUUUACUAAUGCAGAUAAAAGCAGCUCUUGGUUUUCAGAGGCUUUGAAUGUGAACUUUGAAUUGGGAGAUGAAGUUUGGGAUGAUUUUGAUGAUGGCAAAUUAAUACAUGCUAGCAGCUUUCUCACUGGUGUGGAGAGUAGAGAAGAUUUAGCCAAGGGCAGUCUACAGCCCAUCCUGGACCUGCGAGACCUCAACAAAUACCUAAAGCAAUUGAAGUUCUGCAUGGUCUCACUGGCCUCCAUCAUCUUGGAGGACUGGUAUGCCACCCUCAACUUGAAGGACACAUAUUUCCACAUAAUAAUCUUUCAAGGUCACAGACGUUUCCUACGAUUUACGGUGGGACCCCAUCACUAUCAGUUUGUGGUCCUCCCAACAGCACCGAAGUUGUUUACCAAGUGGUUGUCGGUGGUAGUCGCGUACCUCAGGCGUUGGGUAUCCAGAUCUACCCAUACCUCGAUGACUGGCUCAUCAAAGGCCACUCCAGUUCCCAAGUCCAAAGGGAUGUUGAGGUGCUGUGGGACACCUGCUGAUCCCUGGGCCUGCUCGUAA